AUGGCUUCCAUAGCUGCUCUGUCCUCAUUAUCAUCUGAACACCAAAAAGCUUGUACAUCGGAUGGCAUUUCAAGCAUCAAAACCUUUGCUGAAUCAAACGACGUCGUCGCUUCUAUCCCUUCCUCGUACCACUCACUUCCUCAUGAUGAUAAUGUUGUAGACCACCUUGCUGAUUCCAUCCCCAUCAUCGAUUUCUCCCUCCUCACCUCACACGAUCCUCAAAUCCAUGCCAAUGCCGUUCGAGAACUUGGCAAAGCUUGCCAAGAUUGGAACUUAUUCAUGAUCAUAAAUCAUGGGAUUGCAGAAAGCCUGACGGAGGAAGUAAUGAAGAAGUCAGCUGAGUUUCACAAUUUGCCUCUGGAAGAGAAGAAGGAGUUCAAAGACGAGGGCUUGUUCGCCCCCAUUAGAUAUGGCACUAGUUCUCAUAGUCAAGAAGAGAAGGUUCAUUACUGGAGAGAUUACCUGAGGGUCACAACUUUUCCUGAGUUCCAUUUCCCUCACAAGCCAUCUGGUUUCAAGGAGGUGGCAUUUGAGUAUACUAGGAAGAUCAGAAGUAUAGUGAGGGAAUUACUUCAAGGAGUAUCAGAGAGUUUAGGGUUAGAGGCUAAUGCUAUUAUUGAGCCCACGAAUUUUGAUUCUGGGUUUCAAAAAUUUCAAGUGAACUUGUAUCCUCCAUGUCCUCGUCCAGACCUUGCUUUAGGGCUGCCUGCUCAUACCGAUAAUGGCUUCUUCACCAUCCUCGCGCAAAACAAAAUUGCAGGUCUUCAAGUGAAACAUGAUGGCAAAUGGAUUAAUGUUAAUCCUCUUCCUAAUUGCUUACUUGCAAUUCCGGGAGAUCAACUCGAGCUUGUGAGUAACGGAAGGUACAAGAGUAUUUGGCACCGAGCAAUGCUUAAUGACAAAAACACAAGGGUGACUCUUGCAAUAGCAAACGGACCACCUCUUGAGAAAGAGAUAGGGCCAACACCAGAGCUUUUGGAGAAGGAAGAGCCAUUGUUCAAGAGCAUCAAGUUCAAGGACUACAUUGAACUUCAACAGCAAGCCAGAUGUGUUGCAGGAAGAACCUUGGAUAACAUUCGUAUUACUUAA